AGGGCGGUCAUCGUUUGCUCCAAUCAUAGCUUGCAGUAAAAUUGAUGUCUCUUUCCACCAGUCARCGCCGAGGCGCGAGGAGGCUGUCGGGAUGGGGGCUGGAGCCAACAUGGAGACCUCGGUGGGAUAAGGGUGAAACUGUUGUUGCCGGCUGCUCCGGUCUUCCUGCCCCAGCAUGUUGGUGCACUUAUUUCGGGUCGGGAUUCGGGGCGGCCCUGUCCCAGGCAGAUCGCUACCAUCCUUUCGAUUCCAGACUUUCUCGGCCGUCAGGUCCCCAGAUGGCCGCCUCGGUACCUCCCUCCUCAGGGCCGUGUCCCAGCUGCGGUCACAGCUCCGGGCCCACCUCCCUCAAGCCCUACCAACUCUCAGCCGGAGCCCCUCUGCCUGGUGCUGGGGUGGGGGAGCCUUGCUGGGCUCUGCAGUGCUCUACAAGCACUCCCGCCUCUGCCUUGUGGCACUAUGUGAGGCAGAAGAGGCCCUGCCCGCCUGCCCCUCACCCCGUGUUGUGGAGUCCCACUUUAACUGGAAGCUCUUCUGGCAGUUUCUGCGCCCCCAUGUGCUGAUCCUGGGUGCAGCCAUCGUGCUGGCACUGGGUGCAGCGCUGGUGAAUGUGCAGAUCCCCCUGCUCCUGGGCCAGCUGGUAGAGAUCGUGGCCAAGUACACAAGGGAUCAUGUGGGGAGCUUCGUGUCUGAGUCCCGGAAGAUAAGCACACAGCUGCUUGUCCUCUACGGCAUCCAGGGACUGCUGACCUUCGGGUACCUGGUAUUGCUGUCCUAUAUUGGCGAGCGAAUGGCUGUGGACAUGCGGAAGGCCCUUUUCAGCUCACUGCUUCGACAAGACAUUGCUUUCUUUGAUGCCAAAAAGACUGGGCAGCUGGUGAGCCGACUGACAACUGAUGUGCAGGAGUUUAAAUCUUCCUUCAAGCUCGUCAUCUCCCAGGGGCUGCGCAGCUGCACCCAGGUGGCUGGCUGCCUGGUGUCCCUGUCCAUGCUGUCCACACGCCUCACGUUGUUGCUGAUGAUUGCCACACCUGCCCUGAUGGGCGUUGGCACCCUGAUGGGCUCAGGUCUCCGCAAAUUGUCUCGCCAGUGUCAGGAGCAGGUUGCCAGAGCAACAGGCGUAGCRGAUGAGGCCCUGGGCAACGUGCGGACGGUUCGAGCCUUCGCCAUGGAGCCUCGGGAAGAGGAACGCUACAGAGCAGAGCUGGAGAGCUGCCGCUGUAAGGCAGAGGAGCUGGGCACGGGCAUUGCUUUGUUCCAAGGGCUUUCCAACAUUGCAUUCAACUGCAUGGUCCUGGGCACCCUGUUUGUUGGGGGCUCCCUUGUGGCUGGACAGCAGCUGACAGGGGGAGACCUCAUGUCCUUCCUGGUGGCCUCCCAAACGGUGCAGAGGUCCAUGGCCAACCUCUCUGUCCUGUUUGGUCAGGUAGUGCGGGGGCUCAGUGCAGGUGCCCGUGUCUUUGAAUUCAUGACCCUGAGCCCCUGUAUCCCACUCUCGGGGGGCUGCUGCAUCCCCAAGGAGCAUCUCCGUGGCUCCAUCACGUUCCAGAACGUCAGCUUCAGCUACCCCUGCCGCCCUGGCUUUGAGGUACUCAAGGAUUUCACCCUGACGCUGCCCCCUGGCAAGAUUGUGGCCCUUGUGGGCCAGUCUGGGGGAGGAAAGACUACCGUGGCGUCCCUGCUAGAGCGCUUCUACGACCCCACGGCCGGGGUGGUGAUGCUGGAUGGACAUGACCUGCGCACCCUGGACCCCUCUUGGCUCCGGGGCCAGGUGGUGGGCUUCAUCAGCCAGGAGCCAGUCCUGUUUGGAACGACCAUCAUGGAGAACAUCCGCUUUGGAAAACUGGAAGCUUCUGAUGAGGAGGUAUAUGCAGCUGCACGGGCAGCCAAUGCCCAUGAGUUCAUCAGCAGCUUCCCCCAGGGCUAUGACACCAUUGUCGGCGAGCGGGGCACAACCUUGUCUGGUGGCCAGAAGCAGCGUGUGGCCAUUGCCCGUGCCCUCAUCAAGCAGCCCACAGUGCUGAUCCUGGAUGAGGCCACCAGUGCGCUGGAUGCUGAAUCUGAACGGGUGGUGCAGGAGGCCCUGGACCGAGCCAGCACUGGCCGCACUGUGCUGGUCAUUGCCCACCGGCUCAGCACUGUCCGUGCAGCCCACUGCAUCAUUGUCAUGGCCAAUGGCCAGGUCUGGGAGGCUGGGACCCACGAAGAGCUCCUGAAGAAGGGUGGCCUCUAUGCAGAGCUCAUCCGGAGGCAGGCCCUGGACACCCCACCAACAUCAGGCUCACCUCGGGAGAAGCCCAGACGCCCCAGGAACCACUAGCACAAGUCCUAAGAAUGGCCCUCUGAGGUCUGGUUGCUGCCCAGCAUCAGGGACAGCUCAGCUGGGGGAGCUGUCCAGGGACUGGGCCCCUGGAGGGCCAGCAUACUAGGUGUGGCUGUGACUGUUGCCUCUCCACUCACAAUAAAGCCAGGCCCACCAGCUGGGCUGGGGGUGGUAUCUCUCCCACUCACUCUCACCCCUGCUGCCUGCCAGAGCACAGAAUCUUUGGGCUGCACAUGGUGAGGCAGAAUCCCCAAAGCCUUUCUGCUCUGUCCUCUCUCUGCUCCAGCUCUACCCAACAGCCUGAAGUUGUCUGGACCCCUAGCUCCAGGAAAUUUUGAAAAUUCAGAGUCCAAGAGUAGGCAUGGGAAUCCAGACCUGAGCUCUUCCCCAUUCCUGCUAGGAUCUCACUUCGUAAACUGGGGACUGACUCUCCCACUGGAAAGUCCCUGCUGCCUCUCCGACCCUGAGAGGAAGAGCCUCCCCUUGGUCCAUCCUCCACAUAUCCUCUCUUCCAGCCCUCUCCUCCAUUACCACAGUCUUAAUAUCUGGAUUUUACCCACCACCUCCAAGGGGACAGAUGCUUAACAGGGCCCACAUGGGUUGGGGUAAGAGGGGUGGGACACUAUUACUGUCCCUGCCCUGUGUGACUUGAGUCUUUAACCUGGUGAGACUGCGAGCCAGCCUCCUGCUUGAAGGAGACAGGGGCCUGCAGCACACCCAGCAUGCUCAGUGGGCCCGUGGUGCCCACGGGGAGCAGUUGGUGCAAAGCCAUGGGGAGGCUCAUGGAGGACGUGGCUUGGGGCCUCACCUUGAAAGGGGAUGGACAAGCUGACAGCCCUAGUGACAUGCUUAUGGCCCCAAAGCUGUGAAUGAGAGUUCUGGGUCCCAGCUGGCUUCUAGGGGUCCAAGAAAGGCACUGUGAAAGGCUCUUGGACUGCAGUGGUG